UGAUGUUCGUACUUCCGGUUUCUCCAGCUGGCAGCUCCGGGAAGCAACGAUGGCCGCGGUUCCGGUUCAGGCGCUUCGGGUGUCGGAUAUUAAGGAGCCGACGAUAUUGUUCGAGCGAUACAGCACGGAUGAAAUCCGCGCGGUGGAGCGGAAAGUACGAGGGGAGAUCGAGCAGAAGAAAGAGGAGCUGCGGCAGAUGGUCGGGGAGCGGUACAGGGACCUGAUCGAGGCUGCAGACACCAUCGGAGAGAUGAGGGAGUGCGCAGAGAAAGUGGUACAGUCCAUCCAGGACAUGCAGAACUAUUGUCACACACUGAAACACAACAAACACACUCCUCCAAACAGCAGAAAAGAGGUAGAGAAGCAUUCACAGGAAAAGUUCUACACCAUGGCGGCUCAGAUCAAACUGCUGCUGGAGAUGCCUGAGAGGAUGUGGAGUGCGUUAGAGGGAGCUCAGUACCUGCAGGCUACGCAGCUCCACCUCCUGUGUGCUCAGCUGCACCGGUUGCUCCACCUGGAUGCGUCCACCACUUCCUACAGCCCUGUUCUGAGUCGCUUCCCCAUCCUCAUACAGCAAGUGGCCGCAGCGGGACACUUCAGGUCGACUAUUCUGUUGGACAGUAAGUCCGUGUUGCGUGGACGAGCCGUCUCAGAUCAGGCUAUCGCUGAAGCCCUGGUGUCCACCAUGCUGCUGGAAGACAGUUCACCUCGUCAGGCCCUUGCCGACUUCCUGCUCGCCAGAACGGCGUCCAUACAGCAGCUUCUCAAGCAGCCUCAACACGGAGCCGGGAUUAAAGCUCAGGUCUGCUCUCUGGUGGAGCUUUUAGUCACCACGCUUUAUCAGGCCCACGCUGUGUUCUACCUGCCACCUGAAGGCCAUGCGGCGGAACUGGGACUCGGCUACGGUUUACUCUUCACUACGCUGGAGAACGUCACAUCCGGUAAAGGCAAGAAGGUGCUGCACGGCGAGGUGAGCGAAGGAACCUGGUUUAAGCAUCUGCCGUCGUCGGUUACUGAUUUCCAGCCCGUGCUGCGAACCCUGGCGCAACCCAUACAGACCGAACAGCUCCGGGAUACGCUGCAGCGCUGGAACGACACGUGUAAAGAGGACAUUCGCAGCAGCGUGAGCAGCCUGCUCAUAUACGUGAAGAGCGUGAAGGGUUUGGCCUCUAUCAGGGAUGCAGUGUGUGACCUGCUGAGCAGCGAGUCCAUCAGCCAGCACUGGAGCGGAGUGUGUGAGCGCCUGUUGGAUAAACCGCUCGACCUGUGGCAUGACCUGCUGCAGCCACUAUUUCUCCAUAGACUGCAGGUGAUCACUCAGGAGGGCAUGGAAUCGAUCUCCAGCAGCUGCAAACAGCUUUUGUCCUGCACGCUGCAGGAACUAGAAGGCGAGGCGCUGAGCCGCAGUUCUCGAUUCGAAAGCGACGUGUCAUCGUUUCUAUGGUGCGAGUCGCCGGCGGACCUGCCGAACGACGCCGCAUGGGUGAGCGUUUCCCAACGCAGCUCACGGCCCGAGAGCGGCCUUUCCAUGAAAACUCAUGCCCUCACACCACGUGUCCAAACCUUUUGCGCCGCGCUUGACUCCAAACUUAAAGCUCAGCUGGAGGAUCUGGGGCACUUCCUGCCUUCGGACCCUCCUGCUUCAUGUCCGAAUCGCUACAAAGACGGGCCGGCCGUGGAGCAGGCGCUGAGCGAGCGCUGCACCGCCUGUGUUAUGGACAUCGUGAGCAGCAUCCACACCGAACUUGCAGCUUCAUCAGGUCGAAUGAGCUCAGUCCUUUUCCUAGCCCGGCUGUGCCAGUCUAUGAGCGAGCUCUGCCCCAGUUUAAAGCAGUGCAUUCUGGGCCAGCAGGGGGAGAGCAGGAACACAGGAAGUCCUCGUGUACAAAUCAGGAAGUUGGGGAAGGCGGUUGUGAGUAAAGGUGUGGACCUCAGUCCAGCUCGGGUCACGUGGGCCCGAAUGAAGGAAGAACUGCUUGCCUGCUGCAUGGAGGCUUAUGGCAUCUGGAGUUCUGCCGUUUCCCAGACUUUAGUGAAGCACUUCGCCAGUUCUUUGCACGCUGCAACAGCCGGCUCGGUCCUAAGCACUGCCACAACCUGGGAGGAGCUGGAAAUCCAGGAAGAGGCAGAGUCAGGAAACACAGUUGUUUCCAAAAUCUAUCUUCCAGUCCAGCCCUCGUGGUACGUUCAGUCUCUGCUAUUUCACCUGUGCCUGGAGGUGAAUAAGGUCGGAGGUCACGCCAUGCCGAGGAUCACGCUGACCGAGUUGCUGCGCACCUGCCUGGAUCAGGUGCUCGCAGAAUACGAUAAGCUCACGCAGAACAAGGGUGCAGCGCUCCCCGUCACUCAGAACCGAGCCCUGCAGCUGCUGUUUGACGUGCGCUACCUCAGUGCCGCUUUAACAGCUCGGCUAGAGGACACCAGAAGCUCGCGCUCGCAAGUGCAGCCCAGGAUCCAGCAAAUCUGUGACGCUCUGGAGAGCCACAUCGAUCCGUUCGACCUGGAUGUUUUCACUCCUCAUCUGAACAGCAACCUGAACCGGCUGACACAGAGGACGUCGGUGCUCUUAGGUCUCUUAACUGGUGCAGAGAAGCAGUACACACCCAGAAGCAGCAAUGUGAGCUCACAGGAGCCGUACAACAUCCUUCCGCUGGCCAGCAGUCAGAUCCGGUUUGGUUUGCUGCCGCUGAGCAUGACAAAUUCCCGGAAAGCCAAGUCAUCUACUCGGGCGCCAGACAUCACCAGACCCCUCAGUGCUCCUUCAUCCAGUCACAUUCCAGAAGACAGCUUCCGGCCAGGGAACCUCUUCAGGCAGUUGGCCAGUCAGGAAGAGGAACCUGCUGGCCCCUCCCUCUUUAAAUUAGGCUGGCUUUCUGGCAUGGCGAAAUAAUUUAUUUUCGGGUGAAAUGUAAAGGGUUUUUUAAAUAAUCUUCCUUCGUAGCCUGUAUAAAUUAAUAUAUGCAUUAUAAAAAUGUGGUUUGAGAUAAAAUGGUGUGCUUGCAUUUCUUAAACUAGAAAUAAGCGUGUGGGUGGGGUUUUAUUUCAUCAAGCUGAACGAGAACAGUUUUAUACCAUGAUACUGUUUGUACAACCAAUAUUUGUGUAUUAAUGAAAAUCCCAUCAUUAAAAAGAAAAACGUUGGUAUCCUA